UUUUAUUUAUAAAAUUAUGUGAUUAUUUCAUUAGGUGCAUAACCUCAAAUAUUUAUUUAGGUUCGUUAUUUUGGAUAAGAAAAUUUUGUUCAUCGUAAAUUUGUUUAGUUUUUAAAACAUUAUUAUGUUCCGAACCUUUAACUACCGUUCACAGCCUGUUUUAAAAAUUGUUGUAAGAAACAUAAAUGUAAAAAUUCGUCGUCAAAAUGAAUUAUUUGACUUGGAGAAAAAACGUCAAAUAGAAUCAGUUGGGCGAGUUGAAAAAAUUGAAGUUGACUACAUUGGAAAUCCCGAACAAAAAGUUUUAACUAUGAAUAAAGAUUUAUCGACACCGUAUAAUUGUGCACAACAUUUGGGCCAGUCUGUAAUAAAUACAGCUGCUCUAGCGUUAGUGGAUAAUCAACCUUGGGAUAUGCACCGACCUUUAAAGAAAGAUUGUCAAAUAGAUUUUCUACAUUUUGAGUCACGUGAACCAUAUAUCUUGAACAAAGCUUUCUGGCGCUCUUGUAGUUUCUUGUUAGGGGCUAUGGCAACAAUUGCUUUUAAAGAUAACAUUAAUUUAUUGUUACAUAGUUUUCCGAGUCCGCAAGUACGUUCUGGGAGUUUUGUUUACGAUAUUGAUUUAGGAUUAGAACAUUGGAAACCUACACCAGAAGAGCUACGUGUUCUAUCGGCAGAAUUUAUACAGUUUUGUUCAGCUGAACAUAAAUUUGAACGAUUGGAUGUUGGACAAGAAAUCGCUGAAGAAAUUUUUAAGUGCAAUAAAUAUAAAUCCGCACAAAUUCCUGACAUUGCUGAACAAAAUGAAGGUAAAGUGACUUUAUAUAGAGUUGGUCAUCAUAUAGACAUAUCCCGAGGUCCAAUGAUAUCAAAUACAAAUUUUGUGGGUCGUUGUUCUGUUGCGUCAGUUCAUAAAAUAUUACCAAACGAAACAUUAUAUCGAUUUCAAGGAGUAGCAUUACCAAAAACACUUAUUUUAAAUCAUUUCGCGUACCGAAUAUUAGAAGAUCGUGCUAAAAAAUUGAAUCAAGGUAGACUUCCAACUGAAACAACACAAUCGAUAGAUGAAAAUCGUCGCACAGUAUUAGCUUAAGGUUUUUUUUUACAAAAAUAAAAUUGU